AGAGACAGGGCGUCCGUUGACGACGUGAUUUUACGCUCUGUUAAAUUUAUACUCGGACUCCUUUUAAAUAUCAAUAAAAGAAAUAUUGAUUUCGUAUUUAACGAGUGUUGAAUUAAAAUCGUUUUGUGAAAACACGAAUAAUAUAAUCAGAAACAAUGGAAGCGGGAGAUUUCAAGGAUUUCGCUAAAGCGAUGACUGACUACAUCGCUGAAUAUUUGGAGAACAUAAGAGACAGGCCCGUCGUUCCUUCAGUGAAGCCAGGCUACCUGCGCCCCUUGGUGCCGGAGCAAGCACCGGAGAAGGCAGAGCCCUGGACUGCUGUGAUGGCGGACAUAGAGCGUGUGGUGAUGUCCGGCGUGACGCACUGGCACUCGCCGCGCUUCCAUGCCUACUUCCCAACCGCCAACUCUUACCCCGCCAUUGUCGCCGACAUGUUGAGCGGUGCGAUCGCCUGCAUUGGAUUUACAUGGAUCGCUAGUCCCGCGUGCACUGAGCUGGAGGUGGUGAUGUUGGAUUGGUUGGGUCAGAUGCUUGGGCUGCCAGAGUGCUUCCUGGCGCGAUCGGGUGGUGAGGCGGGCGGCGUCAUCCAGGGCACUGCUAGCGAGGCAACACUAGUCGCACUACUCGGCGCCAAAUCUCGCACCAUGCAACGAGUAAAGGAACAACAUCCCGAAUGGACCGACACCGAAAUCCUCUCCAAACUUGUUGGCUACUGUAACAAACAAGCGCAUUCGUCAGUUGAACGAGCUGGUCUUUUGGGGGGCGUGAAAAUGCGUUCCUUGAAGCCCGACAACAAGCACCGUCUUCGGGGCGACAUCUUGCAGGAGGCUAUCGAUGAAGAUAUUAAGAAAGGACUUAUACCAUUCUACGUUGUGGCCACACUGGGCACUACAUCAUCGUGCACGUUUGAUGCCCUGGAUGAAAUAGGCGACGUGUGUGCGGCUCGCGACGUCUGGCUCCACGUGGACGCGGCCUACGCCGGAUCCGCAUUCAUAUGCCCCGAGUACCGCUACCUAAUGAAGGGAGUCGAAAAAGCCGAUUCGUUUAAUUUCAAUCCUCACAAAUGGAUGCUGGUUAACUUCGACUGCUCCGCUAUGUGGCUCAAACAGCCGCGCUGGAUUGUAGACGCUUUCAAUGUCGACCCGUUGUACUUGAAGCACGACCAACAAGGCUCCGCGCCCGACUACCGCCACUGGCAGAUCCCGUUGGGGCGUCGGUUCAGAGCGCUGAAGUUGUGGUUCGUGUUGAGAUUGUACGGCGUUGAAAAUCUUCAAAAACAUAUCAGGAAGCACAUCGCCUUGGCUCACCUCUUUGAAAAGUUGUGCACUUGUGACGAAAGAUUUGAAAUAGUCGAGGAAGUGACGAUGGGUCUCGUUUGCUUUAGACUGAAGGGAAGUAACGAUAUCAACGAGGAGCUCCUCCGGCGUAUCAACGGUCGCGGAAAGAUUCACCUCGUGCCUUCUAAGAUUGACGAUGUUUAUUUCCUAAGAUUAGCUAUUUGCUCGCGUUUCUCGGAAGAGAGUGAUAUUCAUAUAUCGUGGGAGGAAAUCAAGAACUCUGCCGACGAAGUACUUGCCCAAAAGUAAAGUAUUUCAUUUAUAAGUAUUAAUGAACCGAUAAAAUGAUAUUUAUCGUAAAGUCUAAUAAUCUUUAGACGUAAUCGAAUAAUCUUAAAUUAUUGUUAACUUGUAGUAAAUGUCUAUAUACCUUAAUUGAUAACAAAAGAUAUAGUGAUUGAUACCUACAUAAAGAUUUAGCAGUAUUAAUCCAAAAACAAUAAAAUCUGAAAAUGUUAUUGUUGAAUAUUUAUUUUUCAAUGUGAACGUAACUAUCUAAUAUAUUUCGUAGAAAUACCCUACAAAUACCAAAUACAAAUAUUGUCCUUAUUCCUUAAAUCUUACCGAUAUUAAUCUUUUUCUAGGAUUAGUUGCCUACAUUUUAACGUAUUAUGUGAUUAUUUAUUGUAAAAAGUUAAAUGUUAAUAAACAAGGAUUAUGAAUAA